UGAAGGAAAAUGAGAACAUUUCCCACAUCAGUAUAUCCUUUCAUUAUUAAUAAUUGCAUUGCUUCUAAUAUUAUAAAGCAGUUAUGAGUAUUAACAUUUAGCAGUUUAUCACAUAGUUUUGAAAUUAGUUUUGUUUAUGAUUGGUCUUAUUUGUUGUGCAUGAUCAAAGCUUAUAUAUGAAUCCAUUGCAUUUGACUCUAAAAGGUCAUGUCUGCAGAUUUUGGAGGCUUGCAGUCUUGUGUGGUAUGUAUGUAUGUGUGUUUUUUAACUUUUGCUUUGCAGAGACACCUGGGGAGAAAAACAGGAUGUCGGGGCGACAGGGUGAACUAAAGGUCAAUGUUGUUUAUAGCAGCAUGAACUUCUAAGACAGAAGUAAAACUUUCCAUCGAACGGGCCCCCACCCAACUACACAUAUAUAUUUUUGGGGUCAGAGGGAAAGGCAGAUCAGAUCAACCGCUCCUCGGGGGACCUGAUUCUGCAUUGGUGUUGUGUAAAGAUAGGGACAGUUUUGACCCAGAGCUCUGUAAUACUUCAUUUGAGAUACUUAUUAAAAAUAAUUUGAUUUGAGUUACGUGUCUAUUCUCCUCAUUCAAAGAACAUGCAGGACAUUUAAAGUCCAACAAUUGGUGACCCCGUCGACGUGAUGAGGAGAAUCCGACAUCAUUGAUUUUUCUUCUCGACAUUCCACUUGCGCAAAAUAGGAAAGGUAAGCAGAUACCUGUUAUAUCAAAAUUCUGCUUUAUUUAAAUGUCGUGAAGAAUAAUUAAUGAUACAAUGAUUAUUGUCAUUUUUAUCUAAAUUGCAUAUCUCAAAUGAACUAUUAAAUGUGUCAAUAAAAUAAAAAGGGAAUUAACAGUAAUAAAAUUAAAAUAAAACAAAAUAAAAUAAAAAUAGUAAAAGAAAAGAAAAUAUAAAAAGGGGGCUCGACGUUGGCAACGCUAGCCCCGACGGGGGCUUAAAUUUCUGGGUUUCCACUCCCGAAGACGUAGCUCAUCUUCAAAAGGGCAGGGUGCAGACCCGGAGCGUGGUCAAGGACCACGGGCGGAUUAGCCGCGGAUGAUACAGAGCGGUUGGACCGCGGUAAAUAGAGAUUGAAGUGGGUUUCAUACCCGAGAAAGUGGUCAGGGACCACGGGCAACGCAGCGGUCGGACCGCAUAAGAGAAACUGAAAGUAAUAAGAAAACCACGAAGUAGUUGAAAAUACGAAGAGAAUAUCGAUAUAUGAAAAAGUUGUGCUAAAGAAUAGGAAUUUGAAACGUACUGAAGACUAUACACCAUGGGUCCUUAUUUUUAAAUGUGCUGUUUGUUUGCUACCGGUAUAUUAUCAGCUUUAUUGUGAGUAUAUUUUAAUUAAAUUUUUUUCUUUAAAGUAAUAUUUUUUGAUUUUUGCUGCCAGUAAAUUGCAAUUCAGUGUUAUCUUUUUACGAAAUAUUUUUGCUAUUAUUUAGUUCCACGAUUAGUACAUUUUUAUUCAAUUUUCUAUUUUUCCUAUUAACAAAGUUUUUACUUAAUCUUAUAUCUUAGGUUUUAAUUACAUUUUUUAUUUUUCUUAUUCAAUUUUAUUAUCAGUAAUUUUUUACUUAAUUGUAUAUCUUAAAUUUUAAUUCAUUUUUCUAUUUCUACGAAGACAUUUUAUUUUGAGUCAGAUUUAUGAUCAGUAAAUUUCAAUUCAGUUUUUUAAAGUUUGAGUAUUAUCUAGUUUUAUUAUCAGUAAAAUUGUAAUUCAGUUUUUAUGUGUUCAAUUAGUAAUCGUUUACUGUAAGUGAAUUUGGAAUAAAAUUUCUAGUUUUAAAAGCCGUCGGAUUCUGUCUUUGGAAAAUUUAUUGUGGUUGCAAUUUACUGUCAGCAAAUUUUAACUCAAUUUGUAGAAAAGCAUAUUUUAUAUCCUGUGUAUAUUAUAUUUUACUAUUGUAUGUAUUUGGGGGAUUGUGUUUAGUAUAACUUUCAUUUGCACGGUACAAGUUUAGACGGAUCCAGUUGUAUUUUUGUUUUAUUAAUGUGAAUGUGUGAUUCUCCGGAGUUGUCUAGUGUUAUUUCAUGUUUAAAGGAGUAGACGUUUCUGCAGUAUAUUUUAUGUUUAUUGUAUUUUAGUGUGGAUGUCCAUUUUCUUAUUUCAUUCCGGGGUGUGACUCGGGAAGAAAGAGUGGUUUAUUUGUAGUUGAUUUUAAAAUAAAUUGAAAUUGAGAAUUGAUUUCUGUGAGUUUAUUACCAGAAGAGAUUGUUUCAUAUUUAACAGAUUCUAAAAUAAGGAAGAGGAAACUGUGAACUUCUCAGCUCGUAGCGUAAUUUAGUUUCACUUUAGAAGUUGUGCUCUUAUUCUGUUGUUUGUCCGCUACGGGGCUGUAGUUUUACUUUCAUUUUGGAAAAAUAAAAUUGAAGUAGUUAUAUAUUAUAGAGUAUCUGUGGUAAAAAGGCGUGCGGAAGAGAGAUAAACCCAGUCCGAGAUAGACAAGAGACAUAAAGUGUUGAAGUGUAAAAGAUUAAAACGGUUACUUAUAUCUAAUAGUUUUGAUUGCAGUAAUGGGACAGGGUUUAAUAAAAAUCAACCGACUCUGUUUGAAACUCAGCCAUGGUUAUCAUAAAAGUAUACAGUGCCUGUGAAUUGAUUGAGACGCGUAUUGUAUAAAUUGUUUUGACUUCUAAUAAGAAUAUUGUAACUUUUAGGAAAAACGUUAGAAUAUUAGUGAGAUCAGUAAAGAGAUUAGAGAAGUGCUCAUUGUUUUAUGGAAAUUGGUAUUUCAACGAGUGAUAAGAAUGAAAUGUUAUUGAUUGAAUUGAAUUUUUUUUUUUAUUUAACAAGUGUUAAAUAUCAUUACAUUUUUGGGGCUUUGACAGAUUUUAAAUUUCAAAUUUGACCAGUAUUAUAUAAUGAAUUUAGUUUGAAUUUUGACAAGAAUUACAUAUUACUGGAUUGAAUUAGCUUUACGUUUUGACAACGCCUUGAAUCCUCUUUAACCGUCAUCGACUGAUGUGUUGAAUAUUAUUAUAUUUUAAUUUCAAUAAGAAGUUAACAUUACUGAAUUUUAUCGUCUGGCAAGUAUUAAAUAUUAUUAAAGUGAACUUUAAUUUUGAUAAAGAGGUGAUUAUUAUUCAUUUGACUAAGAAAACACAGAAAAUAAUUUUGUGAGAGUCUUUUGUGUAUUUACAGAAGGACUGGCAUCGAAUAACAUUGAAAGGAAGAAUAAACGAGAUAUUCAGGGUAAGAAAAAUUGUAGUGGAAGAUAAAAUGAAGACUCUUAAAGAACAAUGGGAGGCAGCAGUAGAACAGUUAGUGAGCGGUUUACCAGAAAAAGCAAGGCUCAAGAAAAUUAAGAAAUUGCAGGAAAUGUAUGAAGAGUGGAAACAACUUAAAGGUUACGAGGAUAGAACAAAAAUAAGUUUGAAAGAACAUGUAAUAGCACAAGAAAGUGACGCACACAGGAAGUUUCAGAGAGAGGACAAAAAGGAAGUGGGGCUUCUCGCUAGAAAGAAGCAUGAAAAGGAAGUGAAGAGACUACGUGAGGAGUUUCACUUGUGGCAUAGUAUGGCAGUAAGUUGUGUGGCUUUGGUACAGCUGGAGAAAGAGACAGAAAAGAAAGUGGAACUAAAAAAGAGUGACGUUAAAGAGAAGGAAACAAACAAAAUUCAAGAAGGGAGGAAGAUAGCAUCCAUUUAUCCAGUACUGCCACCCACUGCUCCACCUCCAUAUGCCCCACCCCACACACAGUUACCGGUACUUGAAAUACAAAAGGGUGUGUUGGACAUGGAGCAGAGGGAGGGAAAUCGCUGGAAAAUAAAAUCAGGUAAAUUAGAUUUAAUAACAGAAAAAGAGAUGGAGGAGAGAGAGAUAGCAAGAGAAACAGCUGAAUUAAUGAGAACACAUAGAGAGCAAGCUGCACAGGCAGAACAGGUGAAAGCAACACUGGAGAAAGAAAUAAGGGAACAAUGGAAUAGUGUAGUACAGGAAAGGACAUUUCAGCCCAGAGCACAAAGCACCCCAGGAGAAACAUUGAGCAGCAGAUUUAUAACAGUGGAUGAGACUGGGAGUCAGAUAGAGGUUGAAAAUCAGGGAACAUAUCCAGUGGAAAUCAGAGGAGAAAUGAGGAUGGGUAAGAAGAUGAGAGAGGAGAGCAAAUAUAACUCCAGUAUAAAGACACCAAAGAAAGAGCAGGAAAGAGAAGAACAGGAAUAUAGGGAACUAGGUCUCAUUCGAGGGAUACCAAAUAUGUGCCCACUAGUGGACACAAAUGGAAACUUAGAAUAUAAACCAUGGUCAUUCACAGACAUGGGAGCUAUCCUUGCAAAGUUACCUCAUAUCACGAGUGGAGGGGGUAAAUGGAUAGGGAAGGUAAUAACUUUGACGCAGGGCCAUACGUUGGCAAUAGGAGACCUGAGGGCGUUAUUGGGCCAGGUACUGACUGUAGGACAGAUCACGGAAAUUGAGCAAGAGGCAGGAACGGUUGGGAUAUAUGAUGACCACCCAUAUUGUCAAGUGGCAUCAGUUUGGGGAAAGGCCCUGCGAAAGCUGUACCCAGCGCCAGCAGGCACUCUUUAUAAUAUCAAAUUUUCUCCAAAAGGGGAAGAAACAGCAGCAGCAUACCUGAGUCGAUGCAAAGGAGAAUGGGAAGAGCACACUGGGGCUCAUCCACAUGCAGACAAAAUACACGAACAAAUGUUCAGAGCUGCUGUAUUGGAAGGAACUCCUAAAUCUGUACAAGAUGAAAUAAAAGCCAACCCCGAUUUACCAGGUGCUGUAUGUGAGGUUUGGGAACGACAUUUCCUUCAUCACAUGUCAAGGGCGAACGAAAAAGAAAAAGAAAAAGUAGGGGAAGUAGAGGAAUUGAAAAAACAGUUGCUAAAAUUACAGUUGCAUGAGGCCAGAUCUAAAAUAAAUGAAGAAAAAGGGAAAAAGAAGGAUAAACAAAUGGUAGUUCAGGAAAUGAAAACCCCUCCAAGAUUUAACAAAGAACAGGAAGCUGACCAAUCAAAUGUUAAAUGGGAAAGAACCACCCAAAGACCAAUGUAUUACUCCAAUAGAGGUAGGGGUGGGGAUUACAAUAGGGGGAGGGGAAGAGUACAGUAUCAAAAAGGGUGUUUCCGUUGUGGUCGUCCGGGACACUUCUUUCGUGAGUGUCGGCAACCUGUUAGCAGACCCCAACAGAGACCAUACUGGGGCAGAGGCCAUAACACACACAUGGCCCCUAACGUGGAAAAGGCACCACGACCACACUCCCAGUACCCUUCGUCCACUGGAGGGGAAGGGGAGUGGUACUGA